AUGAAGAAAAUACAGGGAACAUGGGGCCUACAGUGGCUGAUGCGGAUGUCGCCGGACAAGCAAGAUACACUGCUGAAGAUGGUCAUACUGACCCUUGCUGCCAUUUUGUCUUUCUCAACACGUCUGUUCUCCGUGUUGCGAUUUGAGAGUGUCAUCCACGAGUUUGAUCCAUACUUCAACUACCGAACCACCAGAUUCCUAGCAGAGGAAGGAUUCUACAACUUCCACAACUGGUUCGAUGACCGGGCCUGGUAUCCUCUCGGGAGGAUUAUUGGCGGCACAAUUUAUCCUGGUCUCAUGGUGACCUCUGCCCUCAUCUACCAUGUGAUGAAUUUUUUACACUUGACCAUCGAUGUGAGGAACGUCUGCGUGUUUCUGGCACCCUUGUUCUCCAGCUUCACCACAAUUGUGACUUUCUACUUCACCAAAGAGCUCAAGGAUGCCUCUGCCGGUUUGGUGGCUGCCUCUAUGCUGGCAAUUGUCCCCGGAUACAUUUCCCGUUCUGUGGCUGGGUCCUACGAUAAUGAAGGCAUUGCCAUUUUCUGCAUGUUGCUGACCUACACUCUGUGGAUCAAAGCUGUGAAGACUGGCUCCAUCUUCUGGGCCUCCUUUGUGCUCUUUAGCAUACUUUUACAUGGUGAGUGCCGUUAUCUGGUGUCAUCGUGGGGAGGUUACGUGUUCCUAAUUAAUUUGAUUCCCCUGCACGUCUUGAUGUUGAUGAUUACUGGCCGGUUUUCUCACCGUAUCUAUGUGGCUUAUUCUACAGUUUACUGCCUUGGAACCAUACUCUCUAUGCAAAUUUCCUUUGUUGGUUUCCAACCGGUUCAGUCCAGUGAGCACAUGGCUGCCUUGGGUGUGUUUGGAUUGUGUCAGAUUCACGCCUUUGUAGACUUCCUCCGUUCAAAGAUGUCCACAGAGCAUUUCAACAUCCUGUUCCGAAGUCUGGUCUUGUUGGUUGGGUCAGUUGUCUUUGCGGCUGCUGCCGUGGCCACUGCUUUGGGCAAAAUCGCCCCAUGGACUGGUCGUUUCUACUCUCUGCUGGAUCCAUCCUACGCCAAGAACAACAUCCCCAUCAUUGCUUCCGUCUCUGAGCACCAGCCGACCACCUGGAGCUCCUUCUACUUCGACCUGCAGUUGUUGAUGUUCCUGUUCCCUGUGGGACUUUAUUACUGCUUCACCAAGCUGACAGAUGCCAACAUCUUCAUCAUCAUGUAUGGUGUCACCAGUAUUUACUUUGCUGGUGUGAUGGUUCGUCUGAUGUUGGUGCUGGCCCCAGUCAUGUGUGUCCUAGGUGGCAUCGGGAUGUCUGCAGUUUUGACCACUUACAUGAAGAACCUGGACAACCCCAUGAAGAAAGAGAAGAAGUCCACCAAGAAAAUAGAGUCUAACUAUCCCCUGAAGAAUGAGGUGGAUUGCCACCUGUGUAAUCCUACUAAUGACAGCUUUCCUGUUGUUCUACACCUACCAUUGCACCUGGGUCACCUCAGAAGCUUACUCGUCCCCUCCAUCGUGCUCUCGGCUCGCGGCGGAGACGGCAGUCGGAUCAUAUUCGAUGAUUUCAGGGAGGCUUACUAUUGGUUGAGACAUAAUACACCUGAGGAUGCUAAGGUGAUGUCCUGGUGGGAUUAUGGCUACCAGAUAACAGCCAUGGCCAACAGGACCAUCCUAGUGGACAACAACACCUGGAACAAUACGCACAUAUCCAGGGUCGGACAGGCGAUGGCAUCAACAGAAGAAAAAGCAUAUGAAAUCAUGCGAGAACUUGAUGUCAAUUAUGUUUUGGUGAUUUUUGGUGGAUUGACCGGAUAUUCUUCUGAUGAUAUCAACAAGUUUUUGUGGAUGGUUCGUAUCGGUGGCAGCACAGACAGGGGCAGUCACAUCAAGGAAUGGGACUACUACACGCCCCAGGGAGAGUUCCGCGUUGAUAAAGAGGGUUCUCCAGUUCUCCUGAACUGCCUCAUGUACAAGAUGUGCUACUACAGAUUUGGGUCCGUCUAUACAGAGGGAGGCAAGCCAACAGGUUACGACAGAGUCCGCAAUACAGAGAUUGGCAACAAAGACUUUGAACUAGAUGUCCUUGAGGAAGCUUACACAACUGAGCAUUGGUUGGUCAGAAUUUACAAGGUCAAGGACUUAGAUAACAGGGGAGCGUAA